CAUUGCCAGAGAACACUGGUAGUGAGUUCGGUUCCCAGGCACAGUAUCCUCAGAGAAGGUAGUGAGAGGCUCAUCAUUUCAUUCCUAGAUUCCUCAGAUAGACAGUUAACGUGCUUUGUAUCCUUGAAGGCCAUUUUGUCCAACCUCCUCUCCUUUGGAGCCCUGAAGGACAUUUUGUCCAACCUCCUGUCCUUUGGAUCCUUGAAGGGCAUCUUGUCCAACCUCCUAUCCUUUGGGUCCUUAAAGGACAUUUUGUCCAAUCUCCUGUCCUUUGGAUCCUUGAUGGACAUCUUGUCCAACCUCCUGUCUUUUGGGUCCUUGAAGGACAUCUUGUCCAACUUCCUGUCCUUUGGGUCCUUGAAGGACAUCUUGUCCAACCUCCUAUCCUUUGGGUCCUUAAAGAACAUUUUGUCCAAUCUCUUGUCCUUUGGAUCCUUGAUGGACAUCUUGUCCAACCUCCUGUCUUUUGGGUCCUUGAAGGCCAUCUUGUCCAAUCUCUUGUCCUUUGGGUCCUUGAAGGCCAUCUUGUCCAAUCUCUUGUCCUUUGGGUCCUUGAAGGACAUCUUGUCCAACCUCCUAUCCUUUGGGUCCUUAAAGAACAUUUUGUCCAAUCUCUUGUCCUUUGGAUCCUUGAUGGACAUCUUGUCCAACCUCCUGUCUUUUGGGUCCUUGAAGGCCAUCUUGUCCAAUCUCUUGUCCUUUGGGUCCUUGAAGGCCAUCUUGUCCAAUCUCUUGUCCUUUGGGUCCUUGAAGGACAUCUUGUCCAACCUCCUGUCCUUUGGAUCCUUGAAGGACAUCUUGUCCAACCUCCCAGUUUGGGCAGAAGUGCAAUUGAGAAUCCAUGUUCAAUUUAGGUUUGGACCAGAUGGCCUCUAAGGUCCUCAUUUCAGAAUCUAUAUUUCUAUCAAAUAGGUUUUCUGAGGUUACACCACCAAUACAUGCCCAGUUAUGGCUAGAACUUUAGCCUCUGGGGUCCCGUCUAGAGUUCCUUCUACAAUGCCUGGAGGUUGUUGGACAAAUGGAG